GUCCCUCCUCGCUGCGGCCCGCGGUGUCCUCGGGGUGCGAGCUGCACGUGGACGCAGGGCCCCAUCAGGCCACCAGGGGGCGACAGAGCGCAGCGCGCCCCCGACCCGGAGGACGGAAGCCCAAGAACGCCGCUUCCGCCCGGUGUCCAUUUCCAAGAUGGCGGCGGGGCGGGGCCAGGGCAGGGCGGACGGAGUCGGCGAGCGGGAUGCUGCGGGCUGCGCUGCGCGGCGCGCCGAGGUUGCUGAGUCGCGUGCAGCCCCGGGCGCCCUGCCUGAGGCGGCUGUGGGGCCGCGGGGCCCGUCCGGAGGUCGCGGGGAGGCGGCGGGCCUGGGCCUGGGGCUGGCGGCGCUCAAGCUCCGAGCAGGGGCCGGGGCCCGCGGCGGCUCUGGGGCGCGUGGAGGCGGCGCACUACCAGCUCGUCUACACCUGCAAGGUCUGCGGGAGUAGGUCCUCCAAGCGCAUCUCCAAGCUGGCCUAUCACCAAGGCGUGGUCAUUGUGACCUGCCCCGGCUGCCAGAACCACCAUAUCAUCGCGGACAACCUGGGCUGGUUCUCGGACCUGAAUGGGAAGAGAAAUAUCGAAGAGAUCCUGGCGGCCAGAGGCGAGCAGGUGCACCGUGUGGCGGGCGAGGGGGCCCUGGAACUGGUUCUGGAGGCUGCAGGGGCCCCCACAUCCACUGCAGCUCCAGAAGCGGGUGAGGAUGAGGGUCCCCCCAGCCCUGGCAAGACGGAGCCGAGCUGACUCCUGCGCUCCCCGGCACUGUGGGACUUCGGCCUUCCAGAAGGUUUUGGCCCUGGGCCUCUCUGGACGUGGCCUGUUUUCUAUCAAUAAACAGACAUUACUUCCAGAUGCUGGGGCCUGUGGCCCUUGUGGCCUUUCUUUUUCUGGAGUUAGAACGAUUCCUCUGAAUCCCUGGUGCUGCUGGGUGGGACAUCGGAGCCGCAGGACCUCUCGCCUCACCACAGUUCCUUCUACACGGAGUCACCCAGCACUUGCCCACAGAGGCCACAGUCGCGUGGAAAGGGGGCUGGAUGUGGACUCAGAGCUCUUCAUGGCUGUCGCUGCGUGACUUUGAGCAGGUCACCACCCCUGUGAGCCUCAGUCUUCCUCUGCAAGCCCCUUGCCGCCCCCCUGGCCAGCUCUGGCGGCCUCCCUUCCGUGAGCCAGUGCAGACCUGAGCCCUGGCCCUCGGCCGCCGGCUGUUGGCGAAACAGUGAGCAAACCAGGCUGCUUGCUGGCCCAGGCAGGACGAGCAGCUAUGGCGUGGCCGUGUGUUAGGAGCUCCAGGCCCCUCCUGGGGGAGCCACCUGGGCCUCCUUCCCUCGGUGGACAGCGCUCUGGACGCCCCCAGGGCCCUCCGAGGUGUGUGGGGUUUGUCUCCCAGCCUUGUCUGUGCGCAGGAUGUUCCCGUGUUUAUGAAAGCGAGCAAACGCAGCAGCCUGUAUAUUUGCAGAAGCGUUCUGGGCAGCGUGACCUUCAGCAUUCAUCACCCGCCACACUCCGGCAGGGAAGAGAAUGGGGCGAGGUGGGAGGUGGAGGCAGGACUGAGCACGACAGGGACCCAGUGCGGCCCCUCCCAGCGGGACACGGCCGGGACUGCCAGCUCACAUCCGGCCCGUGGGAGGCCGGGGCGCGGCGGCAUUGUUCCCAGUGUGCUUGUGGCGUGGGCUUUGCCUCGAUUACCCCCUGUCCUUCUUUCAGCCAACAACCCUCUAUUAUUCCCACCCAGAGCCUUCUGUGCCAUUUGUGGAAACUGUCCUCUUCUUGGCUGAGCCACCGGCACCCAGGCCUGCUCCUCCAUGGAGGCACUGGCUGGGGGUCUCUUGGGGGCUUGGAAGUGCAGUGGGGCUGGGCUUGGCUUGGCUGCCUCACUGCCUCCAGAGGGCCUGGACCAGCAUGUGGGGAGGUCCAGGGAGCCGUCCGGACCUGGAAGUGCAGAAUUAGAGCAAGGAGAGCCGCUCGGGCCAACCCCUCCUUUUACGGAUGGGGAGAUGGCAGCUGGUAGUUGGGAUGUGGACGUUACCAUGUCUUUUCUGUCUGAUGCCAGCACCUCUGGGCCCAGGCUGGCCCUGGAGGGAAAUCCUUCCCAAGGCUGGCACGUUCCUAGAGAAGACCUAUGGCUACCCCCCGCGUGCCAGAAGCAUCCCACCAGCUCCUGCCUGAGGCCCCCUGGACCCUGUCUCCCUCCGCCCUUCCCUCCCCGCAGCCCCAAUCCCACAGCCAGGUUUCUGCAAGGGGCUUUGCCAUCCUAAUCUCCUGCCACUCUGCACCCCCCCGCCCCAGGACAUCCCUGCCUCCCGGGGAUGGUUGCUGGCCUGGGCAUCCCUCAUCACAGCGUGUCUCUCCAAGCAGGUUCCUCGGCCGCACCUUCAGAGGCUGUCCCAGCCAGUAGCGUGGGCGGCACUGCUGCGCUUCCCUGGCUGUGUGCGGUGCUGGGCCCUGCAUGGUUACUUGGACCCUGUAUGUGUGUACCACCACACGCAAGCUGGCUGGGACCCUGGACCUGGAGUACACGUUGAUUCUGGUUCCCAAGGCCCCUUCUGGGGUGGAGGAGGCAACGGAGUCAACCAGCACAGAGGCUGUGGCUGCCAACAUGGCCAGG